AUGUGGUGGACCAUUAGCGUGUUAUGGGCUUUUUGGUGCAGUUGUGCUCUUUCACAAAAGUGUAUUACUCCAUUUGGUAAAUACAGCAGCUGUGUUUCUCUGUACGACUGUCCAGAUCUUUUAAAUGCCGCUAAGCAGAAACCAUUAAGUCAGUAUGUGCUCAGUUUUCUACAAAAAUCAAAAUGUGGAGUAAAAGGUACUUUUAAAGUUUGUUGCGGUCCUGUGCCUGACGAUAAGCCUAAAGUUAAUUUAACAACACCUGAAACGUCCACUCCUAGUCAAAUUACAGCGAACUGGAUAGCUUAUAGUAGCGAAGAUUCCUUGCCAGCUCCUCGUGAUCAAUGUGGUAAUGAAAACUUCGAACAUAGAAUCUACAGUGGAGAGGACACAGAAAUUUACGAAUUUCCUUGGAUGGCCUUGUUGGGAUACAAAACCAAUACAAGUCCUGUUAAUUAUUUGUGCGGUGGCUCAUUAAUCAAUCAUCGGUAUGUGCUGACUGCUGCACACUGUUUAGUUGGAAAUUAUAUGACCAAAUAUGGACCUUUAACAAACGUGCGGCUUGGCGAAUACGACAUGUCUCCUGAAUCAAUAGUGGACUGCAAAUACGGUAUCUGCGCUGACCAUCCGCAGGAAAUCUCUGUAGCUUCUACGUAUGCCCACCCUCAAUACGAAAUCACAAACCCAAGCAGAACACACGAUAUAGGUAUUGUAAGAUUAGCCUGGAGAGCUGUUUAUACAGAUUAUGUACAGCCCAUUUGCCUUGUAUAUGGUAAAGAACCCAUAAGCGAUGGUGAUGAGACGGUAUUAUUUUUCAGUGGAUGGGGAAGGACCCUAGAGGGCCCCCCGAGUCUAGUGAAAAAAAAGUUAAAUUUAACUUUUUUCAAUAGAGAGAACUGUGUAGAAAAAUAUCGAAAUAAAGGAGCGUUCUUAAGUGAUACGCAGUUGUGUGCUGGUGGACGGUUUAGAGAAGAUGGAUGUCAAGGCGAUUCAGGUGGCCCUCUUAUGAUGAAAACACAUAAAGGGAUCUGGGAAGCUAUUGGAGUAGGCUCUUUUGGACGUGGAUGUGGCUUAGACGGAUGGCCCGGCGUUUACACCUCAGUAGCUCAUUACUUAGGAUGGAUAGAAAACACACUGCAAAUGUCUAAUCACUGA